AUGCCUCUCCCCGCACGAACAGCGACCGUCUCUCGGGUGACCAACGAGACCAAGAUCCAGGUCUCCCUCUCUCUCGACGGCGGCGUUCUCCCUCCAUAUGAACCGUCGGAGCAUUUCCCUGCUCCUGAAGACCCGAAGGAGGCAGAGGCCGCCAAGCACGGCGUCGUACCCCCCAAGAAUGCCGCCCAUGCGACCCAAUUCACACCGACACAGCAGAUCACCGUGAGCACCGGGCUCGGAUUUCUGGAUCACAUGCUGCAUGCUCUGGCCAAACACUCUGGGUGGAGUUUAGCCAUCAGAGCCAAGGGAGAUCUGUACAUUGACGAUCACCACACCACCGAAGAUACUUUCCUUGCGCUCGGUACUGCCUUUACCAAAGCCCUAGGCGCCCGUCAAUCCCUUGCACGAUUUGGACGCGGCGAUGCUCCGCUCGAUGAGGCCCUCUCCUGGGCUGUGAUCGACCUCUCCAGCCGUCCCUGGGCCGUGAUCAACUUGGGCUUCAAGCGGGAGAAGAUCGGGGACCUGAGCACCGAGAUGAUAACUCAUGGACUGCACAGCUUCGCGCAGGCGGCUGAUGUCACGCUGCAUGUUGGCUGCACAUACGGAGACAACGACCACCACCGUGCGGAGAGUGCGUUCAAGGCGCUGGCCGUGGCUAUCCGCACUGCCUGUGCCAGAAGGGUGGCUGGCGAAGUCGGAGCGGGAGAUAUAGUUAGUACGAAGGGAGUGCUGUAA